AAAAGAAAAAUAGAAAGAAAGAAAGAAAGAAAACCACACAAGAAAAGAAAGAGAAAGAACACCAAUCAGAGGGCUUGUGGCUUUACGUCAAAUCGAUCAAGUGGCGAGAAAACAGCACCGAAGCUAAAAUGUCAAAAAAAUGGAAUCCUAUUAGCGGAUAGAUAAUUCAUUAUUAUAUGCGCCUUGACACUCCUCUGCAUUACUUAAAUGCACAAACUUAAGCGAAAAUAGAUAGAACGCUACGGCACCAGAUGCUCUACGCAAUUUGCCUUCUUCUUAGGUUAGAUGUAUACAUGGCUGUGUCCGUUUACGCUUACGGUGGAAUGCUACCAAACUCAUCGUACCCUACCUGCAGGAUAAUCCUUGAGAUUAGUGCACUUCGUCGAGGUACAUAUUGACCAGUCACAGAGGAGGUUCGCGUAAACGGGAUAAUCUAUUCUCUUCGUCCUGCAUUUUUAGGAUUUUCAGUUCGAUAAAAAUACUCGGAGUUUCAUUGGUGUUGGACUGAAUUUUUCUGGUAGACCAAGAAUAGAUUUUUUUGGAGAAGGGGGAGCCUAAUUAGGAAUUCGUUUUACUUGGGAAAGGAUGGAUUUGCAGAAUAACUUGCAACCUGAAUCGGGGAAAUUGGAACAGAUUGUUUCUCAGUUUCUUUUGAAGAGCUUGCAUGUCAUUUUAGACUCAAGGGUCCCUUCUCUUCACCCACACGAUAGAAGUGGUGAGUUAUCACUUGGAUCUCGGGUGAAGAAGAGUGAUAGAUGGUUUAAUUUGGCAUUAGGUGAUCGACCUGCUGCUCUAAAUAAUUUGAACUUCUGGCACAGGAGUUUGAUGGAUCCAAUGGUAAUAGACAUUAUACUAGUUCAAGAAAGGGCCGGUCCAUCUCUGGCAGCGGGUUCACCUGUUGAGACGGUUAUAGAGAGGUGGGUUGUUCAGUACGAGUGCCCACGAGUAAUGGCUCAAACUGGUGACAUUUCGGGCACUUACAAGAAGACAUACAAGAAGUCAAUCAUACUGUUCCGUGCUCUGUGUUCUCAGAUGAGGCUUCUUCCAGCUUAUCGUAUAUUCAGGCAGCUAAGUACAUCAAGUCAUAAUUAUAACUUUGAUAUUAUUUAUAAAGUUUCUUCAUUUAGUGAUCCUUUCUCUCGGGCAGAGGAGAAAAUGAUGGAAGAAUACAAAUUCACUUCUGUUGAGGCCCCUCCGGGCUGCCUUUGUAUAUCUGUCAACUACCGUACUACACUAUCUGAUUUCAAGCUUGAGUUUUCAACACCAUUGCCACCCAAAAUAAUCACUGAUUAUGUUGGAAGCCCCAACACCGACCCUUUGAGAUAUUUCCCUGCCUCAGAGAAGGGUGUUAGGUCCACGUCCUUUCCACUGAGAGGGUUACCACCCCCAUCUCCAGUACCACUUGAACGUCCUCAUAGCUGGACCAGUGGUUUUCAUAAGGGAGCACCUUUUGCACCAAACCAACCCUUUGUUGGAUCCCCACCAGUUUAUCGUCUUCCUUCCUUGCCUAAUGAUUAUCCAUCUCCACCUCUUGAUAAUUAUGGUAUCAAAGUUCAUAACCAUCAAAUGCUGGCCCGACAAAGAUCUACUAGUCAUGAUGAGUGUCAGCUUUCUCCUCCAUUUUCACAUUCACUCUCUCCAUCUCCACCUAACCCAAUGCGUACUCGUAUGCGAUCAGAAACUGCCCCUGUAACUAUACCUCUUCCAGUGAUGGGCAAAAGCUCUAGAAAUCUCUCUCCUAAUCUUUCAGAUCACAGUAGAAAUUCUCUACCUCCUUUGUCCCCAGAAGCAAAAAAUGACACUUCGUCUCAGGAGUCUCCAUCCGGAAUGAGGUCAUUCAGGAAAAUAGAGGCUUCAAGGAUUGGAGAGAUGCAAUCUGGGUUUGUCAAGGAUAACAAGGAUGAUUCUGGGAGAUUCUCAGGAUUGUUAUCUUCAAGUGGCUCACCGCGGAUUGGAUUUUCUAGAAGUUCCAGCAGAUUAUCUUUACAGGAUGACUUGGAUGAUGGUGACUUCUCAUGUCCUUUUCUUGUUGAUGAUGUCGAUACACCAGAUGUUAACUCAAGUCAAAAUGUGGCUGGUAUGAAUGCUUCAGAAAUCACUUCGACAUCACUGCCAAUUGGGAGAAAGUCACAGGAUGCUUUAGUCGGUGAUCUUGUACGCAUCCUUAGGAAUGCACCUCCUUUGCGCCAAGAUCCAAGUUGUUACUCAUCCGUUUCCUUGAAAACUGAAUUUGAGGAAGGAGUUUCUACUGCUUCUGGAUUCUUCAUGCCUCGAAAGACAGCAGAUGCACUUGAAGAGCUAAAGAGUUACCGAGAAAUGAGAGAUCUUCUUUCUAGGAGCGGGAAUCGAGUCAUGAACAAAGAUGAAUCUUAAGCCUGCUGAAACGAUGACCUUUUUCUUAGGUUCAUGCAAUAGUUGAGGGAGUUGAUGCUGACUAAAGAAUUACAGUGGCUUUACGAAAUGGUGCUUAUGACAUAUACAGAACAAGCACCUUUUCAAUAACAGAGAGAGCGAGCUUGGGGGAGGGGGGGAUCCAAUAGAAUUGUGUACAUAUCCUCACUGAAUGUGGUUACAGACACCAAAAGUUUUUUUCCUGAUCAUGAACUGGUAAGCUUCUGUUACGCAUUCACACUUUAAGUAUUGUAUUGCUGAAAUGAGGAACUUGCUUCCCUUCUAUAAAUGCCAAUGCCAAGGUGGAUGUAGAAAAUGGCAUUGGUAUUUUGAAGAACAGUUGGUGAUUUUUCAUUGAGAAGAUGCAUUCACUUGGAACAGGACACCAGAACCAAAUCGGCCAUGCAGAUUAUGCAGAGGAAUCAAUACACUGAAAUUCAGUCA